UAAAAAUAUCAGGAUCCAGAAGAGGGGAAAAAAAAAAAGAAGCUGGUUGAGUUCAAGUUCAUGAAAGUUUCUUGAACUUGAAAAUUGGAAGGGGAUAGUUGUGUUACCAGCCAAGUUGAAUCCUUUAACAUGAGAAUAAUUUUACAGUACAUACUUAACAUUCAACCAGUAAACAACAAAAUUAUAAAAAAAUAAACAAAUGGUAUUAAUCAACAUGAGAAUAUUUAAAACAAUAUUAAUAACACUGUCAUUAUUAUCAAUGAUGAUUGGUGGUUUUAAUUGUUCACCAUUAUCAUCAUCACUUCGUGCUGAACAUCGUGGUACAGAUGAUGAUGGACUUGAUUUAUCAUCUGAUAAUUUAACAUCUGAAUUAUCAUCAAAAGAUGAUUAUUUUGAUCAACGACAAAAUGGUACUGAAAAUUAUCGUAUUCAUGUUGAUGGACUUGUACUUGUUGUUGCACCAAUUGAAGCAUUAUUACUUGCAGCAAGUAAUACUGAAUUAUCGGAUAAUUAUUUUCCAAUAAAUAAAAAUAAAACAGAAAUUAUUAAACCAGAUAAUGAAACAAUAAAACCAGAACAAUCGAAACCAGAUAAUGAAACAACAAAACCAGAUAAUGAAACAAUAAAACCAGAACCUAAUGAUGAUAAAAUAACUGAAAAAACAGAUUUAAACAAUAAAAUUAAUCACAAACAUCAUUUGAGAUUUGCCAGUCUUCUUGGACCUGUUUUAAAAAAACUCAUUAAUCAAUCAGCAUAAUUUUUUUUUCAUUCUUCAACAAUUUUAUAUAUAAAUAUUUAAUCAUUUUUAUUAAACUAUAUUAUAA